GAAAGGAGAAGCAAACCGCGUCCGCAACGUCGACGGCGACGGCGAAACCCACCCGAAGCUAUAAAAGUAUCGACCGCCCCGUCUCACCGUGAUCACACAUAUUCACAUCGCACGGCAAGCCCUCGCAUCCGAACGCAAGAAAGAGGAGCGAGCACACGCGGCGUGGGGAGGAAAAGCAAGAGCGAAGCGAGGGAUCGAGAGGAGGAGCGCGGCGGCGGCGGGACUCGGCGAUGGCGCGGCGGGGCACGGAGGCGUUCCCGGACCUGGGCGCGCACUGCGACAGGGAGGACUGCAACCAGCUCGACUUCCUGCCCUUCGACUGCGAUGGCUGCGGCAAGGUGUUCUGCACGGAGCACCGCGCGUACGUUGACCACGGCUGCGCGCGGGCCGCCGACCGGGGCCGCACCGUCGUCGUCUGCGAGGCCUGCGGCGACUCCGUCGAGCGCGCCGGGGCGGACAAGACGGACGCGGAGAUCCUCGAGGCGCACGCGCGGUCGCGCCGGGGCUGCGACCCGGCCAGGAAGCGCAAGCCGCGCUGCCCCGCGCGGCGGUGCAAGGAGACGCUCACCUUCUCCAACACCAGCCACUGCAAGGGGUGCGGGCAGAAGCUGUGCCUCAAGCACCGGUUCCCCGCGGACCACGAGUGCUCGCGCUCGACGCCGGCGGGGGCCGCCGCCGCCGCGAGGAGGGCCGGCGACUGCGGCCGCGACGCGCAGAAGACCAAGGACGGCGGUGGGUGGGCGAUGCCGCCGUUUAUUCGGAAUUUCAAGAUGUUCUGAUUUUACCCUGAAGCUGAAAAUUGUGGCUGGGAUUUAAACAAUUCAUGGAAUGCUUGUUUUCUCCGUUGUGGCUGGGAUUUAAGUUGAAAUUGUGCACAUUUGUUGUUAAAUGAAGAAUCAAGUUCAAAUUAUUUUAUGCUA